GUUGAAAAUGGUGUCCUCAGUAGCAAAAGGAAUAAAAAUAAAUAAAAAUAUUUCUUCGGCUGCCAUUUGUCAUUCGGUUGAGAAAUAUAAAACCCUGCAAAAAUCAGUUCGUUUCUUCUCUGUGUUCUCCUCUCGCCAUUAACACCAUCAUCAACGUCGCCAUUACUAACUUCCGAUACUCAUCUCUUCAUUCUCAAGGUUUCAGUUUUAAAGCGAAUCAACACAGUUUCAAUGGCUUUUCAAGGGAAGAAACUCAUCAACGAUCCUUCUGGUGUGGUUACUGAAUUUAUAGAGGGUUUAUCAGAAACAUAUCCUGGACUACAAUACUUGGAUGGUUUUCCAGAGAUUAAGGUUGUGCUACGUGCUGAUAUACCUAGUGGAAAAUAUGACAAGGUCGCAGUUAUAUCAGGUGGAGGAAGCGGGCAUGAACCUGCACAUGCUGGAUUUGUCGGAGAGGGGAUGCUCACAGCUGCUAUUUGUGGAGAAGUUUUUGCUUCUCCACACGUUGAUGCAAUUCUUACUGGCAUUCGAGCGGUCACUGGUCCAAAGGGCUGUCUUUUAAUUGUUAAGAAUUAUACAGGUGAUCGUUUAAAUUUUGGUCUGGCUGCUGAGCAAGCAAAAUCUGAAGGCUAUAAAGUAGAGACUGUAAUAGUUGGAGAUGACUGUGCUUUACCUCCACCUCGAGGCAUAACUGGGCGCCGUGGUCUUGCAGGGACCAUUCUUGUUCAUAAGGUUGCUGGAGCUGCUGCAGCUGCUGGGCUUUCUCUCGAAAAGGUUGCCGCAGAAGCAAAACUUGCAUCUGAAUUGGUUGGCACAAUGGGAGUUGCAUUGUCAGUUUGCACUCUGCCUGGUCAGAUUACAUCAGAUCGUUUGGGCUCAGGAAAGAUGGAACUUGGUCUUGGAAUUCAUGGUGAACCUGGUGCUGCUGUAGCUGACAUUCAGCCUGUUGAGGUGGUCGUUUCUCAUGUUCUUAAACAGAUCUUGUCACCGGAAACUAACUAUGUUCCAAUUACUCGUGGUAAUAGAGUGGUGCUCAUGGUCAACGGCCUCGGUGCCACUCCUAUAAUGGAGCUGAUGAUUGCAGCUGGAAAAGCAGUCCCACAAUUGCAACUGGAGCAUGGUUUGGCUGUUGAUAGAGUGUAUACUGGGUCAUUUAUGACUUCCCUUGAUAUGGCAGGAUUUUCAAUUUCCAUAAUGAAGGCAGAUGAAGCAAUUUUGCAACGUCUCGAUGCUGCAACUAAGGCUCCAUUUUGGCCUGCUGGCAUUAAUGGUAGCCGUUUGCCUGCCAAGAUGCCUGUCCCGAUACCAUUGUCUCAUUCAACAAAGAAUGAGGAGUCAUUGGCCCGCCCACUUCAAUUAAGUGAACAAGGACACAUGUUUGAGGUGGCUAUCGAGGCAGCUGCAAAUGCAAUUAUUGAUAUGACGGACAGCUUAAAUGAAUGGGAUAGCAAGGCAGGCGAUGGUGACUGUGGAUCAACCAUGUACAGGGGUGCAACAGCAAUUCUAGAGGACAUGAAAAAGUAUUACCCCUUGAAUGAUGCUGCAGAAACAGUAAAUGAAAUUGGAUCAUCUAUCAGAAGAGUUAUGGGAGGAACCAGCGGGAUUAUAUACAACAUAUUCUUCAAGGCAGCUUACGCGAAAUUGAAGGAAAAUGCACAACCAGUUGUUACAUCAAAACAAUGGGCUGAAGCACUUCAAGCUUCCAUUAUUGCCGUGAGUAAAUAUGGCGGGGCUAGUGCUGGCUAUCGUACAAUGUUAGAUGCACUAAUUCCUGCCUCAUCUGUACUUCAGCAGAGGCUGACUGCUGGAGACAAUCCUUUAACUGCUUUCCUUGCAUCAUCAGAAGCAGCACUAGCUGGAGCUGAAUCAACCAAACAAAUGCAAGCACAGGCUGGGCGUUCUAGCUAUAUUUCUGCAGAGAUGCUUGCAUCGGUUCCAGAUCCGGGAGCAAUGGCGGUAGCAGCAUGGUAUAGAGCAGCUGCUUUAGCCAUUCAGAAGAAAAAAUGAGUGCCUUUCAUGAUCUGGAGUAUCUACUUCUCUCUGCAAUUCUUUUUGGCUGCUGGAGAUGAAGAUGAAAUUUUUUUGUUGAAAAUUUGAUUGUGAUUCAGGCUUUCCGCUUAUACAAAUCUCGUAUAAUGCCGAGAGAGCAAAUUUUACUCACAAACUCUACAAAAUUCUGAAAUUUCAAAGAUAAACAAAAAUCAUGUAUGAGAAUUUUCUAUUAGUAUGCCUGUAAUGAGAAGAAUUUAUGCACAUAUUGAGCUAAUGAAGUCGGCUAAAAGAACCAACUCCCUUGAGGGAUUUUGGAAGCA